AUGGCCCUAUUACUAUCAUUGCCCGUAUCUUUGCUCGUUUCAACUCUAAGGUUGGAUAUUACUACUCGGAUGGCAUUGUUAGCUACGCCAGAAAUCUCGGACCAAAGUUCGGACUUGGUUUCCGAAAGUAUAAAUUCUGACAGACAUUUUAUUAUGCAUCUAUUGUCACAAAGUCGAAAUUUAACGAUUUCCGAACGAAAUGGAAAUUUGUUCACCGAUUCUCUAUUGAUUGCUUCACUUGAUAACAACACAGUUAAUACGUUAAAUAUCAAGUGUUCCAACGAUAUUUCGCUGAGAAUCACAAUGAAUAAUAAUAUAUCAAAAACGAUCCUAUCACCGUCAUUGUGUCGACAAAAUUCUCAAUUAAAAGUACAGAUUGGAGGUAUAAAGGAAGAUCAAGAAUGGUACUUUAAUGGUUGUGUAGGAAAUGUUACUAUUGCUGGGGAAGUUUUGUUAGAUCGAUGGUGCAGCUCUGAAAAGUCACAACAGAAGCAGCAACAACAAAAAGAUGCAAACAAACAAUCAGAUGGACCCCGUCCUCCGCCACAUUACGUGGAACGAUCGCAUUUUACAGAACCAUUGAUUUUGGAUGAGGGAGCAAUUGUUCCGAUACAGAGACGGAAUAUUUACCUCUUCUCAAGACAUCAUUAUGGGAACAUUUCAAAAGGAGAUAUUCUCUUCAGGGUAUUGGAAGCACCACAACAUGGACAAUUAUUAAAGUAUAGCCAACCAAUAAAUCAAUUUGUUAUCAGCGAUAUUUUAGCUAAUAAAAUAUUUUACAAGCACGACGAUAGCGAAACAAUUACUGAUAACAUUGGUUUAGAGGCUAUGAUAAUUUCACAAGAAGCAGUGGCAUCAAAACGGAAAAUGAUCUAUAAUAUACCAAUACGAAUCAACCCUGUAAAUGAUGCACCAGAACUUAAACCGGGAACUGAUUAUGAAGCACUAUGGAUAACCGGUGAUUCAAAGCUUAAGUUAGAUAGUCGAGCAAUAAGCCUGUGGGAUGCGGAUAGCAAUCCGGAAACAGUGUACGUUUCUGUUGUCGCUACUGAUGGAGUGCGGUUAGAAAAUUCGGAGAAGAAGGAAAUUCGAAAAUUCACUCAGCGAGACUUUUUAAAAAACGAUAUUUAUGUUAUCCCUACGGGUAGGGUAAGUCAGAAGGGUACAUUGAAAUUGAUUGCUAGUGAUGGUGAAAAUCAGUCUGAUGUGCUCCAAUUGACAAUAUAUUUUGCUCCGAUUCAAAUGCAAUUGAAGGCUAACACUGGCCUGAAAGUGAUCCAUCAAACGGCGGGUAUAAUUUCAUCCACUAAUUUGUCAUUUACAACAAAUCUUCCUGGAAUACCAAUUGAAUACACCAUCGUUGAUCAACCAGAAUAUGGUGUCGUGCAAUGUCGCCACGGAUUGGGACAAUUUCAAAUUUGUUCGACAUUUACCCAAAACGAUAUCGAUAGUUCACGUGUACAAUAUAAACAUUCCAGCGCUAUGCAUCCGUUGCUUGAUACCUUCAGUUUUCAGAUUCGAGUUGAUACCAUAACAUCAAUGAUACACGUUUUUCGUAUAACAUUCAUUCCGGUUCACGUUAAAAUUUUUAACCGUAUCCCAUUCCUAUUAAAUGACACUGAUAAUUUACCGUUGAAAAGAGAAAAUUUGUUUGCUUGGACCUUUCCCAAAAGUUUUUUAACCAACCAACUUGUUUAUCAUAUCAUUGAACCGCCAAAAUUUGGUACUUUACUACGUCGAAUUGAAAACAAUCGCAAUCGACGAAUUGGUGUUUCAUCAAAUUUCACGCAAAAGCAUAUUGACGAUAGCGAUAUUACCUAUAAGAUGAAUUUUAUGCAGUAUUCCAUUGUCAACGAUUUCUUCACUUUUCGAUUAAUUACACCAUCAGUUAUCUCCGAGGAAAUACUUUUCGAGAUAACAUUUAUUCCGGGACGCGAUUCGGUACAACUUAUUAAUCGCACUGUUAUUGUUGAAGAAGGCGGUAUACAAAAGAUAACGAAUGAAUCGUUAUCAUUACUAACUCUGGACAGUAGCGAUUUUGUAUUUACUAUCGGUAACGCACCCCUCUAUGGCAAUAUAUUGGUGAAAAAAGCAACUGGCAAACAACUGAAGUUGGCUAAUGGUGAUAAUUUUACUACUUCGGAUAUUAAUAACGGCAAUGUCUUCUAUAAACAUAUGGAUGGAGAAAAUCGCAUUGACAAAGUACUCCUAUUGGCCGAAAGUGUUUAUCAGCGUACAAGUCGAGUACCAUUCUGGCUAACAAUCAGGUUGAUCUUGAAAAAUGACAAUAUUCCAAGGCUCGUUGGUAAUAAUAUUAUACAAAUAACGGAACGCGGUGACCGUACACUCCAUCCGUCAUUGUUGCCUUGGGUAGAUGAUGAUAUCGAUGCCCAACCAUUACAGUUUACUUUCCAUGACAAUUUUCGAUAUGCUACUAUUUUGUCAAAAUUUCCGCCAUUUGCACCAUUGCAUAGUUUCACUCAACGACAAAUGCAACACGGUGAAAUACUAAUAAGACAUUUUGGAUACAACAAAAAGUUCAAAAUGAAUUAUACUGUAUCGGAUGGAGUGCAUGAAGUACGGUCAGUGGUAGUAAUCAAUGCAUCGGAGCCUUUCAUAUGGAUUCAGAAUAGUAAUAUUACAAUUUCGAUCACUGACACAACAACAGCAUCAAUCCUUGUACCAUUAACGAAUCGCAAUCUUUCCGCUAUAACCAACAUUGAUAGGAAGAAUUCUGACAUUUGGUUUCAAGUUCCAGCCGGAAAUUGGAUCUUUGUCAGUAAUUCCACCAAGAAACUGGUAAAAAAUUUCACACAACAGGAUAUCGAUGAUGGCCGUAUUUUGUAUCAUAUCACUACGCCAUCAUUUGAUGAUAGCGAAAAUGAACAAAUAAUUACUGCUACGGUUGCGAAUCUAACAAUAGUAGAGAUUUUUAAAGUUUUAAAAACUAAAUUGGAUAGUCAUGGAAGACAUCAUUUGGAAAUGCGCACUUUGACCUCACUGACUGUUCCUUUUUCAUCAAUUUCGCAAAUUGACAAAAGCAUUCUGCUAGCGAUAGCUUCACACAAACAGCCAAACGAAAUCGUUUUUGAUGUCAUCCGACAGCCAACGCAUGGUUCACUAAUAUUGGAAUCACUGAGAGCAGUUAAUAACGGACGCACUGUAAUGCCAAGUAAUUUCUUUGUUUCACGCUUUACGCAAGCACACGUUAAUGCUGGACAAGUACAAUAUUUGCAUAAUGGUGCACACUCAACACGUGAUUCUAUUGUUUUCAACGUUUCGGUUGAAAAACAAAUUAUCGGACCAUACACGCUGUUGAUCAAUAUUGUAGAUGACAAGGUCGAAUUGUCUGUAUCAAACAUAACAGUUAUAUCCGGAUCCAACAAGACAAUAAACAGCGAUGUUUUAUAUGUUGGAGACCAAGAUGAUGUAGAAUUUCGAAUUUUGUCAGCUCCCGAAUGUGGAUGGAUUGUUCGUGAUGAAUGGAAUCUAAUUAAUAUCAGUACAAUUAGACAGUUUAAUGUUCAAGAACUCACUGAUCAUCGAAUUCAUUACGUAAAUAAUCCAUUUAGUCGAGAUCAGAGGGACACAUUCACGGUAGCGGCAUGUACGAUAGGAACACAGCAGUGUACCGUACCGAAACAGGUGACUGUUUUGGUACGGUAUCAUAAUUUAUACGAACCUGAAUUGCUGCGUAACGAAAUAAUGAAAAUAUGGAAUAUGAAUAGAGCUCCAAUCACCAAUAAGCACUUAUUUUCACAGGAUGACGAUACACCUACCGAGCAAGUACGAUAUCUUAUCAAUCAACCACUGAAUGGAUACGUUGCUCAUGUGAAUAUUCCUUCCAAAGCUAUUACAAAUUUUUCUCAAGCGGAAAUUAAUAAAUCGGAAAUAAUCUUUGUAAAAAAUGAAGGUAUUACAACAGCUGGUGGUUUUUCAUUUCUCGUUAGCGAUGGCCUUCAUCAAAUUGGUCCUGAAUGGUUUACAGUUGAAAGUUCACAAGGAUUUAAAGUUACCAUGGACACAAAUAGUCGUCUUAUAGUGCCACCCGGAAAAUUUCCCGUCGUUAUCGGACCUGAUUUAUUGAAAGUUCAAAUUCCAGAUGCGAAGCCAAGUGAAAUUGUCUAUAAGGUGACGAAAGUCCCCCGAUACGGAAAUUUGCUACUGUCGGGCGUCUCUGUUCAGCAAUUCACUCAAGAAGAUAUCAAUCAGCGACGAUUAGUCUACAAAGGUGGCAGUAAUUUCCUAGAUGAGUGGACUAAAAAAGAUCAAUUUCUGUUCAAAGUCUUCAUAAAUGAUUCAGUGGAUGAACCAACGAUCGAUGAACAUCGUUUCAAAAUUUCAAUUACCUAUGCCGCUCUGCCGUCACAUCGUUUGCAUGAAUUCAUUCAGCUUCAUAGAGUUGUUGUUUCGCGUGGUGGAAGCGUAGCAAUUAAUGAAUCUCAUGUCAACUUGGGUAUCAUACGAAAGCAUUUUCACGGCGAACUUCUAGUACAAUUUUCACGAAAGCCACGAUAUGGUCAGUUGGAUGUAUUAAAUAGCAUUGUCAAAAAAACUACGCUGAUGAAACUUCUUGAUCUGUUAACUGGAAGAUCACUGAUUUAUCGACAUCAAAAGACCGAAACAUUGGUGCCCGAUGAAAUUUUAUUUUAUAUCUUAUCUAAAAAUGAUGUUAAUCGUCGAACAAAUCGUUUGCGGGUAAUACUGCCAGUGACAGUGAUACCACAAAAAGAUCCAUUCAUAAAGAUUAAAAAAUUUCCGGAUCGAAUCAAAUUAACCGCUGGGAAUAAUUAUUCUCUGUCACCGGAGGUAUUUCAGGCUGCGCAUCCAGAGAUGAAACCAACUGAUUUAGAAUAUCGAUUACUUCAGACAGGAAGUAAUGGAGUGAAAUUUUUGAUGAGGAGUGGAAUAACAAGACUGUUUACUCAAGAUGAUGUAAACAAUGGUAAAAUUCAACUUUCCCAUCAGCAACAACUCGAUGUCCAUGACAACAUCGAUGUUGUCGUCUUUCAGGUUGUUUUAAAAUUUAUUGCUUAUCAUCCUAGUCUAAAAUUCGGUAUAAUAUGCUUUAUUAAUUACUACAUACCAUUUCUAUUUCUUUUAAAAAUUAAAUUAUUUUGGGUUGGCAGUCAUAUAAGAGCGCUUAUUAUUGAUAUAUUACCGUUAUCAUUUUCGCUCGAAAAUCAUUCCGAUGUUGAAUAUACUCAAGGAAAAACUUACGUGCUUUUGAACAGAACUCAUUUUGGUGCUAAGUCAAACGGCGAUCGAUCUAAAAUUAUGUAUAAAAUAACGAAAUCACCAGAAAAUGGUACAUUGUAUUGGGUAGAGGGUGAGAAGGAAGCAAAUACAUUCACGCAACGUGAUAUCGAUGAAGAACGUGUACUUUACGCGCAACUUAAUAUGCAAGCAUUUCAGGAUCGAUUCGAAUUUAAGGUUGAAAAUGAAUUAAAUGAAACAAUUCAAAGCACUUCAUACGUGCGUGUACUUCCUAUACUAAAUCCACAAACCCUUGUUGCUGAUGGAAAUUCAGUUGCACUUAUUACUGAUACACAUUUGAACGCUUCUAUUUUGCAGGGCUCAACUCCACGUUUCUUCGUUACGGAAUCACCACGUUUUGGACGUUUUGUAUUAAGUACUAAUGUUGAUCAAUCCGUGGAAUUCUUCACUUAUAAUGAUAUCGUAAAUAAUGGUUUAUUUUACGUACCCAACCAAACCGAUGUUAUGAUACUCGAUUUUGCUGAAUUAGAACUAAACGCCGAUGAGAUUCAACCAGCUAGAUUCAGAUUUGACAUCGAAAUCUAUCCAUCUAUUAUAAUUAAUUACAUUUCUUCAACUGAUACUACUGCGAAUCGCUCGGUAUCACCUGAUUUAUCCCACUCAUCUAUAGUACCAAUCAACGAAUUUAUAAAUUAUUAUGUUCUAAUCAUUCUGUUUGCACUUAUCAUUGGCCUGAUCACAAUUGUCAUCAUAUUCCGACGACAUUCAAGCCAUCUAAAGCAAAUACGUGUAGUGAAUGCACAGAAAAGACGUGAAUUAAAUGCAAAAACGAAAGCUGAUCUCGAAAAGAAGUCUGAUUUGCUGAGUACUACGGUCUACGCUACGAUAGGACGCAAUCGUUUCGAGCCCUCCGAGAAACGGUCUGAGCGUUCGCUACAAACAUUCGACGGUUCAAAACAUCAUGCAUCUUUGACUCCGAUACCAACAUCUCAACGAACUCAGUCCAGACCGCUUUCCGGUGAAUCGUUGAAUUAUCGGGCUUUAAAUGUCCGAAAUACUUCGGAAUUGAAUAGAUCUAAGCCUGAUCAAUAUCAUUCAACGAGAUUGAAAGAUAAUCAAUAUUGGGUAUAA